AUUAUUCCCAAUUUAAAACAAAAAGCACCUCAAAGACUGACAGACAGCCACAGCCAUGCUUUCCCCAACUCUGAAACACCUUCGCUCCUCGUCACUUCCUCUCCCCAAACCCAAACCUAAAAUCUCUUCUUUUUCUUCUUCUUCGCAAUUCUCAGUAUGGUCUGGUCUCCAGAACUGGAGAAACAAUCCACUCAACGAGAACCGCUUUUGGGGACCCAAUGGCCCAGAACCUUUGCAAAACUCGUCUACUUGUGAUACCCAUACUAACACCUCAAUUGGGUGUGCUUCCUCUCUUGCAGAACUUGGUGCUAUUGUUCUUUCUACCCCUGACCCUCUUUCCAAAUCCCUUCUUUCUCAUUUGGCUUUCUCUAAAUGGCGCAAUCUCAAUUUGCCUAUUGGAGUCUGUUCUCCACCUUCUCGACCUGCUCGUCCUCCUAAGCCUCAACUGGUUUCCCCUAAAGAAAUUCCCUCUCCAAAAAAUUCACCUUUGCCUCUUAAUGCCUAUAUGCUUCACAACCUCGCUCAUGUGGAGCUGAACGCUAUUGAUUUGGCAUGGGAUACCGUUGUUCGCUUUUCACCCUACUGUGAUAUUCUUGGGGAGGAAUUCUUCGCUGAUUUUGCUCGUGUUGCUGAUGACGAGAGCCGCCAUUUCGCGUGGUGUUCGCAGAGACUUGCUGAGCUUGGCGUCAAAUAUGGAGACAUGCCUGCUCAUAAUGUGCUUUGGAAUCAGUGUGAGAAGUCAUCUGACAAUGUUGCUGCACGUUUGGCUGUCAUCCCCUUAGUCCAGGAGGCUAGAGGACUUGAUGCUGGGCCACGGUUAGUGCAAAAAUUGAUCGGGUUUGGAGAUCAUCGUACAUCUAAUAUUGUGGCUAGAAUUGCAGAUGAGGAAGUUGCACAUGUAGCAGUUGGUGUCUACUGGUUUCUUUCAGUCUGUCAGAAAAUGGAUCGGGCUCCUUGUUCCACCUUUAAAGACUUAUUGAAAGAGUACAAUGUGGAGUUGAAAGGGCCCUUCAAUUAUUCAGCUCGAGAUGAAGCUGGCAUUCCUCGUCAUUGGUAUGAUCAAUCUUCAGCAGUUAAACAGGACAAGAAUCAGAAACGGGAUACAGAUGACAAGCUUUCAGUGGUUUAUGAGAGGCUUGCUUCUAUCAUCUCCAUGGAGAGCGAAAACUCAAGUUUGAAUAGCCCACCUAGAUAAUGCUCAAUGAUACAUGCACUUUCUCACUCAGAAGGAUGUUUAGUUAGAAGGUUGUCUGAAGCAACAAGUGCUAGGUACUUCUUUUGCCAAUUUGAUUCUUCAGCAUGACAAUGAUUGGUAGUUUAGGAUGCCAUAUGAUUGCAUCUUCCAUCUGAUGUGUUUGUUGUUCAAACAUCUUGAACGUUUCAUGCAGCUGUAGUUUUCCUUAUCCUUCAUUUUUACAUUGAAACUAUGCGAAACUGUUUGUUUGAUAUUAA